AUGGCGAUCGCGGCGGCGCACUGCCUGUACGACGAGGAGGAGCAGAUGCAGAUCAUGUCACUACUGACGAACGAGAACCUACUGGUGGUGGAGAACGACGCCGACUCCGACGAUGAUGCAGGCCUGGAGGAGGACUUCAAGGCAUUAUGGGCCAGGGUGGCGGCGCUGCAGGAUGAGGACGACGUCCUCCCACCCGAGUCAUGGGACUGGGCGGAGGGCGUGGAGGUCGUAGCCCGGUGGGCGGCGGAGAGAAUGGCACAGGAAGAGGAGGCCAUCCAUCGUGCACUGUCAUCGCACAGGCUAGGCGAGGAGGAGGCGGCGCUACGGGCGGAGGCCACGCGCGGGGGCGCUGCGCGCGGACGCUGA